AAGCUGAAGAGUAUCUCCAAAGAGCGCUUGUCAUCAAAACUGAAAUUGGCGACAGAAAUGGGAAAGCAACAUGUUAUGGAAACCUAGGUACUGUGUUUCAGUCGCUCGGACAAUACGCCAAGGCUAGAGAGUAUCUCCAAAAGGCGCUUGUCAUCAGAACUGAAAUUGGUGACAGAAAAGGAGAGGCAUCGGACUACGGUAACCUUGGUACUGUGUUUAUGUCGCUCGGGCAAUACGACAAGGCUCAAGAGUAUCUCCAAAAGGCGCUUGUCAUCAGAACUGAAAUUGGUGACAGAAAAGGAGAGGCAACUGACUACGGAAAUCUUGGUAAUUUGUUUGAGUCGCUCGGGCAAUACGACAAAGCUGAAGAGUAUCUCCAAAGAGCGCUUGUCAUCAAAACUGAAAUUGGCGACAGAAAUGGGAAAGCAACAUGUUAUGGAAACCUAGGUACUGUGUUUCAGUCGCUCGGACAAUACGCCAAGGCUAGAGAGUAUCUCCAAAAGGCGCUUGUCAUCAGAACUGAAAUUGGUGACAGAAAAGGAGAGGCAACUGACUACGGAAAUCUUGGUAAUUUGUUUGAGUCGCUCGGGCAAUACGACAAAGCUGAAGAGUAUCUCCAAAGAGCGCUUGUCAUCAAAACUGAAAUUGGCGACAGAAAUGGGAAAGCAACAUGUUAUGGAAACCUAGGUACUGUGUUUCAGUCGCUCGGACAAUACGCCAAGGCUAGAGAGUAUCUCCAAAAGGCGCUUGUCAUCAGAACUGAAAUUGGUGACAGAAAAGGAGAGGCAAGUGACUACGGAAAUCUUGGUACUGUGUUUAAGUCGCUCGGGCAAUACGACAAGGCUCAAGAGUAUCUCCAAAAGGCGCUUGUCAUCAGAACUGAAAUUGGCGACAGAGAAGGAGAGGCAACGGACUACGGUAACCUUGGUACUGUGUUUAUGUCGCUCGGGCAAUACGACAAGGCUCAAGAGUAUCUCCAAAAGGCGCUUGUCAUCAGAACUGAAAUUGGUGACAGAAAAGGAGAGGCAACUGACUACGGAAAUCUUGGUAAUUUGUUUCAGUCGCUCGGGCAAUACGACAAAGCUGAAGAGUAUCUCCAAAGAGCGCUUGUCAUCAAAACUGAAAUUGGCGACAGAAAUGGGAAAGCAACAUGUUAUGGAAACCUAGGUACUGUGUUUCAGUCGCUCGGACAAUACGCCAAGGCUAGAGAGUAUCUCCAAAAGGCGCUUGUCAUCAGAACUGAAAUUGGUGACAGAAAAGGAGAGGCAACUGACUACGGAAAUCUUGGUACUGUGUUUGAGUCGCUCGGGCAAUACGACAAGGCUAAAGAGUAUCUCCAAAAGGCGCUUGUCAUCAAAGCUGAGAUUGGCAACAGAAAAGGAGAAGCAACAUGUUAUGGAAACCUAGGUACUGUGUUUCAGUCGCUCGGGCAAUACGACAAGGCUCAAGAGUAUCUCCAAAAGGCGCUUGUCAUCAGAACUGAAAUUGGUGACAGAAAAGGAGAGGCAACUGACUACGGAAAUCUUGGUAAUUUGUUUGAGUCGCUCGGGCAAUACGACAAAGCUGAAGAGUAUCUCCAAAGAGCGCUUGUCAUCAAAACUGAAAUUGGCGACAGAAAUGGGAAAGCAUCAUGUUAUGGAAACCUAGGUACUGUGUUUCAUUCGCUCGGACAAUACGCCAAGGCUAAAGAGUAUCUCCAAAAAGCACUCGUCAUCAGAUCUGAAAUUGGUGAUAAAGAAGGGAAAGUAGCAGAUCUUGCAAACUUUGGAUGUGUGUGUAGAGCUAUGGGAGAUUAUGAAGCCUCAGAAGUAUGCUUGGAGAAAGCUUUAUCGAUAUCCAGAGAUAUUGGAGAUAGAAGAAAAGAGUUCGAAAUCCUUCAAAGUUACGCCAUUUUGUAUUUGUCGCAAGAUAAAAAAAAAGAAUCCCGUUCGUGUCUUUAUCUCUGCAUUGAAAAGUAUGAGGAGCUGAGAUAUUUCUUAGGCGCCAAUGAUCAGUUCAAAACAUCAUUUCUGGAGCACUCAGGAAUAUUUCCCUACAAGCUGCUUUGUAGUUUGCUUUGUGACACCGGAAAUGCUCGGGAUGCUCUUUAUGUUGAGGAGUUGGGUCGAGCUAGAGGCCUAUCAGACUUAAUGGUAGAGAAGUACUCGGUUGGAACGCACAUCUCUGCUAAUCCGCAAUCUUGGUUUGGCGUUGAGAACAUUUUUAGAAAGAAAAAUAACUGUACUUGUCUGUACAUUUCUUAUUUUCACAGUGAUCUGCGUUUGUGGAUCUUAAAGAAAAGUGGAGUCCUUCACUAUAGAAGAAUAUCAGUAGAAGAGAAUCUAGUUCAUGCUGGGUUGCCCAAAGAUUUGCGUUUGAGUAAAUUUUUGGAUGAUAAUUUCCGGAGUCUUGGUAUUUUGCCCACUAAAGAUUGUGAAGAUCGGUCUUUAAAUAUGGUUAAAUUGCAACCUCUCUCCCCCGCACAGAAGAGCUCAGCAAGAUUGCGACUCGUGGAGGAGGACGAGGACGAGGAUGAGGACGAGAAAGUGAUUUCAAGUCUAUUUUUGUGUUACAAAAUGUUUAUUGCUCCCGUUUAUGAUUUGCUUGAGGAGCCUGAAGUCAUUAUCGUUCCUGACCGCAGUUUGUACAAAGUUCCCUUUGCUGCACUGAGUGAAAAGGAGGGAGCCCAAUACCUCUCGGAGACUCAUAGAAUCCGUGUCAUUCCUUCUUUGACAACACUCAAGAUUAUUCAAGAUAGCCCAGAGGACUAUCACAGCAACACUGGUGCCUUGAUAAUAGGCAACCCUAAGGUUAAUUGGCUGCCACCAUUGCCAGGUGCAAGAAAGGAAGCGGAGAUGGUCGGACGACUGGUGGGUGUUCCGCCUCUGGUAGGAGAAGAAGCAACGAAGCAGGCGGUGCUUGAGCGGAUAAGUUCAGUGAGCCUGAUUCAUUUUGCUGCCCAUGGUGACGCCGAAAGGGGAGAAAUUGCCCUCUCCCCCAUCCCUAGUACUUCCAACAGGCGAAACGCUAUCUUACCACAUGAAGAUUACAUGUUGACGAUGGCUGAUGUAUCACGAGUGAAAGUCAGAGCUAAACUGGUGGUACUUAGCUGCUGUCACAGUGGAAGAGGUGACAUUAGAGCCGAGGGAGUUAUAGGAAUUGCCCGUGCGUUCUUAGGAUCCGGUGCUCGCUCGGUGUUGGUUGCGCUGUGGGCCAUUUCAGACUCAGCAACAGAGCAGCUGAUGAGUCGGUUCUACGAACACCUUGUAGAGGGAGAAAGUGCCAGUGAAUCCCUCCAUCAGGCCAUGAAGUGGAUGAGAAAAAGCAAGUCUACCAGUGUGUCUGAGUGGGCUUCGUUUACGCUGAUUGGAGAUGAUGUGAGACUCGGGUUUGACAAGCAGAGAGAAAGAGACCCCGACAGAGUAAAUAAUGAGAAUCACUCGAAGGAAACAGAGCCAAAAGACUUUUAGAUGCAUAAAUUGAAUAGAGCAAAGUAGAGAACAUACUUUAUCCGGUAUUUCAUUGAAAUUAAAAAAGGAGCUAUCCCAAAUUAGAUCUAGUUCAAUUUUUUGUGCUUUCUUUUUCAAUAUUGUUAAAAGACAAAAUUUGUAUCUAUCCAGUGUUUUUUUUUUACUUAUUUAAACGUUGGAAAUGAAUGGAAAUAGUAUAUUAGCAUAAGCCAUUCAGUAAAAAUUAUAAUAAGCCAGUUGAUCAUUUCUUAUUCCUUUUGGCGGUCUUAUCUUACAGGUAUAAUUUAGCACGCUCGACACCUCUUUUUCUUAGAGGUGACUUAAGGUGUAAACAAGUAGUACUUUUCAUCCUCCGCACUGAAUUUAUAAUCAGGUAACUUAUACGAACAGCACGUAGCUCUUUUAGGGGCGGUACCUUGGGUACGCCCUUUCUUCUCCGAAUUUUCUGUUUAUUGUGCUGUUAUGUAACAGUCUUCGAGGAGUAUUUCCUCUUAAGAUAUAUUUUCAAGUAUGAUUCUAAUUCUGUUGGUUAUUCCAUUACAAUUUUUAUAUUAUCAAUCUUGUUUUAGUUAUGACCAACCUUGACUGUAAGACUAAGAAAUUUAAGGAUUUUGUAAAGCGUAAACAUCUCGAAGGUAUCUACUUAGUAUGCGAACUCCACUCUGCGUAGCUUAACGUGAUUCGCUAGUUAAGUGUAAAAGGAUGACGAAGGUUAGAGAUUGGCAGCUCAGUAAGCGUCCCUUUUAUAAGUGGAGACCCACACUUUUCUUGUUAGAUCUGAGUUAGUCCCGAGGUAAUAAGUUGUAUGUAAGAAAGAGAAGAAUAAAGAAACCUUCAACUGAACAACGCAAAAAUUAUAUUUCCAAUAUCACAAGCACAGAAAAACGUUGACGUAAGUAAGGCUUUAAAGUAAAGCGAAAUCAGUAAAGUUAAAACAGUAGUUUAGAUAUAAAACGAACCACUACAAUCUGAUUAAAUUUUUUUUUCAAAGCCUUUUGUAAGGUUUAGUUAACAAAAUCUUCAAUAUUUGAGGAAUAAA